AGUCUCCUCUAGUUUCUAUUAUAUAUGUUUUCAAUAUUCUCUUCAAAUUUCUGCAUAUAUAUAACCAAUUUGAAAUAUCAGUAGCAGCCUCAAUAGAUGGCGCAGGCAAAUAGCAAUGGCAAAGAUAGUAGAUGGUCUCUUCACGGAAUGACUGCUCUUGUCACUGGUGGAACCAAAGGAAUUGGGUACGCUAUUGUGGAGGAAUUGGCGGGGCUAGGUGCAACUAUACAUACUUGUUCUCGUAAUGAAGUUCAGCUUAAUGACUGCUUGAGCCAAUGGAAAAUGAAGGGUUUUGAUCAAGUCACUGGUUCGGUAUGUGAUGUGGUCUCAAAAGCUCAACGAGAGGAGCUUAUAAACAAGGUCUCAUCACUAUUUCACGGCAAACUUAACAUCUUUAUAAACAACGUGGGAACUGCCGAACUAAAACCAGCAAUCGAGAGCACAACUGAAGAUUACUCAUGUAUUAUGAGUACCAAUCUUGAAUCUGCUUACCAUUUUUCCCAACUUGCAUAUCCUCUUUUGAAAGUUUCAGGAGCUGGUAACAUUAUUUUUAUGUCUUCUGUUGCUGGCGUUGUAUCAGUUGGGACGGCUGGAAGUAUAUAUGGUGCCACAAAAGGAGCAAUGAACCAAUUGGCAAAAAACUUAGCAUGUGAGUGGGCAAAAGACAACAUAAGGACCAACAGUGUUGCACCUUGGUUCAUCAGAACUCCCCUCACUGAGCCUCUUCUGAGUAACCAAAAAUUUUUGGAGGCUGUCAACUCUCGAUGCCCUUUAGGACGAACUGGAGAGCCAAAAGAGGUGUCCGCCUUGGUGGCAUUUCUAUGCUUCCCUGCAGCGUCUUACAUAACUGGCCAAACUAUCUGCGUCGAUGGAGGGUUCACUGUCAAUGGCCUCCUCUUCCAAGGACCAUGAAAAAAUUAGGGAGAUUCACUAUUACACCAAAUAUAGGAGCCCAAAUUAUUUAUAUAAUAAAAAAAAUAGAAAUUUAGUUAUAUACCCAAUCUUAGACAUGGUUUUAUAAAGAAACCCUACACCGUUUAAAAACUAUAAACACACCCAAAAAAAAUCCAAAAAUUGACAGCUAUCAAUUUUUUUUAAUUUAAUAGUUGUUUUUUAGUUUAUUUGUGUGUGUUAAAUACCUAUAUUGUCCUUGUACUAUGGAUUUAAGAGAGGAAAAUCAGAUCUGCCCAGAUCUGCCAUAAAACCAAAUAUUUCCAUGUCUGCCAAAAAACCAAAUCUGCCAAAAAAACCAAAUCUGCCAAAAAAUCAAAUCAUAUUUAUUUUCUCCUUUCUCGCUGGUGUUUUCUCUGGUGUUGGAGCAAGAGGAGCUUCCAUUGAAGCUCAGUCUCAGGUCCAACUAUAUUAUUCAUCUUUAAUCUACAAUUUUCAAUAUUUCACCUUCAAUUUCUUGUUCUAAAAUCGUGCUUCUAUUGAUUUUUUCUUUUUUCGGAUUGUUCAAGACCUUGAAAAAACCUCGAUCAGAUGCUUUUAGCUCUACUCCUCAUCUUCGAGCUCUACUCCUCUUUCGCCACAUCAUUGUCGUUGUUAUCGUCGUCGCCGUCGUCGUCGUCGUUUGGUUUGUACUUGAGAUUUUUGAUCUUUUGCUUCAAUUAUGUGUUUCUCUUCGGAUUUUAGUUGAUUUUCGAAAUGUAUUUGAAGCUUUGAUGAUCGAUUCAACUUUUGUUACUAUUUCA